AUGAACAUUGUUCGCGAUCCAACUAUUCUACAAUAUCUAUUUGAAACAAGUCGAUUGGGAAAUAAUGAAAUUAACAUUACUUCUGUGCCUGCCAUUGAUAAUCUAUCAGCCUUAGAAGAAUGUGGUAUCAAGCAUAAAUUCAAAGGACGAAUUAACAUACGCGAUGAAACUGGAAAUAUUCGAUAUCGAACUUUUAUUCCCGAUGGCAUAGAGUUGCAUGAAGGAAAAUGGUAUUUUCGUGUUAAGCUUCCACUAGGUGGAGCAGCACAAAUUGGCUGGGUAACAAAUGGAUUUAAUCCAGUGCAAAAUGGAAGCUAUGGCGCUGGCGAUAAUAGAUUUUCAUGA